UUUCAUUAUCAUUAUCACCAAAUUUAGAAGCUUGAUGGAAAAACUCACAUGUAUGAAAACAAUUAAUUUCUUUGUAAAUUUUUCUCUCGAAUCUCUUAUUUCUUGAAUGUCAUCAACAGAUUAAUCAAUUAUAAAUUUAAAUGUAUUGGUUGAAGAAUAAAUUAUCGAUAAAAUCCAUGUCAUUCGUAUAUCGAAAUGGCUGGCAACAACAGCAGAGACGAACCAAUUCAAAUAUCGGAGUAAUUGGCAUUCCAUUCUGGUAUGGCCAAUCUAAAUUGGGAACAAACCAAGCACCAGAAACAUUACGUUCGAAAGGCUUGAUCGAUAAACUAUCCACUUGUUUCGGGCAAAAUCAUGUCAUAGAUUUUGGAAAUAUAUCACUUGAAAUUGCUCCAAAUGAAUUAAUUCUCAACGAUAAUCAAUGGAAAAAUCCCAAUGAAUUUAAUUUAUGGCGAAUAUGUCAAAAAUCAAGUCAAUGUAUCGAGAAUUUAGUUAAAAAUGGAUACGUUCCUUUGAUUCUAGGAGGUGAUCAUAGCAUAGCUGUCGGAUCAGUAAUGGGCACACAACGAGCUUUGGCCAACGAUCUAUCUCUGAUAUGGAUCGAUGCUCAUGCCGAUGCAAAUACGGUUCAAAGUUCGUAUUCAGGAAACCUACAUGGAAUGCCUAUAUCGUUUCUUGUAAAAAAUGGUAUAGCAGCUACUAAAGUAGAAAAUUCUGAAAAAAAUCAUCAACAAAUCAAGCCUUGCAUCAGUGCCAAAAAUAUUGUAUACAUUGGUCUACGUGAUGUGGAAAUUCAAGAGUUGAAGCUAUUAAAAGAUUUAAACAUAACCUAUUUUUCAAUGAGAGAUGUCGAUCAUUUGGGUAAGAAUCCAAAAGUUAUUGCCAGAGCUAUAGACAAAAUAGAUCCAUUGAAUAAGAACAAGCUACAUGUUAGUUUUGAUGUAGAUUCAAUGGAUCCAAUGAUAAUACCAUCAACUGGUACACCAGUCAUGGGUGGUCUAACAUUAAGAGAAACAUUUCAAAUUGCAGAAUAUAUUGCCCAAACGGGUAGAAUGAUUGCUUUGGAUGUGGUUGAAUUUAAUCCUAACAUAGGAACUGAACAAAUUGUUGAUCAAUCGGCUCGAUAUAUUAUCGAUAUAAUAACAACGUUUUUUGGUAAAUCAAGACUUGGCUACUAUGGAUGUAGUGCGGAAAAUUUGAUUUGAAAAUGUAACUAUACAUCAAAAUAUAAACAGUCAACAACAGCAAACUAUGAACAAAACAAAAGCCAUAAUCAUAAUAUAAAUUGGAAAAAAACCAUUUCAAUUAUACAACGCCCAAAAUGUUGUUGCCAAUCAUUUUGUUUUGAAAGAAUAACUAAACCAUUCUUGUUUUUUUUUCUCAAAAACAUUAUUAAA